CUAAUUCGUUUUGGGAUUUUUCAAUCAUAAAUGCAGAUUUAACCACACUAUUCCACCGCCAUCUGCAUUAAUAAACUCUGUUUUGACGCAUGAUCUGGGAAGAGCAUCGGUUGAAUUUCUAAGUAAAUAUUUUUUACGCCACGCAAAGUGGUUAGGCCAAUAUUUUCCGUUUUCGAUUUCUGCAAAUGAUGGCAAGGAUACAAAGAUGGGUUUUGAAACUGGUUUGUCAAGUUUCGAAAUUCGCGUAUUCUUGUUUAUGCCGAUGCUACUAUUUAAGGAAUUAAGGACCCUGAUUUUGAAAUAGUUUGUUUUGAUGAUUGUGCCACUCACAUCAUGAAGUCUGUCGCAGCUCUGCUUGUGUUUUCUCUUGCCGUAUAUCAUGUGGAAUCGGCCAAACUGAGUUUCGCUCACAAAAACCCUCCCCACCCAGAUUGUCGGGAACACACGAAAUACAUAACCGAUGACCAGGUGAACCAACUGAACAAAGGUGGCUACCCAGACAGUCCAGUGAUCAGGCAACAUCUCCUGUGCAUCUGGAAGGAGAAAGGCGUGAUGGACGAAUCUGGCACCCUCCAACCAGAAGCCAUCAAAAACAAACUGAGCGGACUUCUCCCUGGAAAUCCAGAAGCCCUGCAGCAAGUACAACGUUGCAUCGUUCAAAAGAAAGACCCUGCAGAAACUGCCUACGCUUUCUACCAAUGCAUAUCCCCCCUCCUGGCCAAAUAUAACAAUUAGCUAAACUCCCGAUUCGAAUGAUACUGUGACUCGAAUAUAGAUUAAGAAGUU